AUGCUGGCUUCCUCUGCCUUCAAGAGACUCCCAGUGCGAAGAUUGGCUGCCGGUGCUUUGGCUGUACGAGCACCGUCCUCAGCACUCCGCCCGUCACCGAAGUUCUCCCAACGAGUCCCCCGAGCUGUGCCCGCCAUGGCAUCAUCCUUUUCAACCUCGGCCGCAAAGGGCUCGUCUCUGCCCAGCAAGGCUCCAGAGGCCGCCUAUGAUCCUGAGAUCACAGACAUUGCGUCUUAUGUCCACAACUUCAAGAUUGAUUCAGACCUUGCCCUCGAUACCUCCCGCUACAUCCUCCUCGACACCAUCGGCUGCGGUCUCGAGGCGCUCCGCUUCCCUCAAUGCUCAGCUCUUCUGGGCCCGACCGUCGAAGGAACAACAGUUCCCAAUGGCUCUCGGGUCCCCGGUACACCAUUUGUACUUGACCCGGUCAAUGGCGCUUUCAACAUUGGUGCCAUGAUCCGAUGGCUCGAUUACAACGAUUGUUGGUUGGCUGCCGAAUGGGGCCAUCCGUCCGACAAUCUGGGAGCUAUUCUGGCAGUGGCAGAUUGGAUUGCGAGAACCAACCGGGCUGGUGGUAACGUGGGCAAUGGAAAGAUUCCUACAAUCCGAGAUGUUUUGGAGGGCAUGAUCAAGGCACAUGAAAUCCAGGGAUGCUUGGCUCUGGAGAACUCGUUCAACCGUGUCGGUUUGGACCAUGUAUUGCUCGUCAAGGUUGCCUCUGCGGCUGUCGUGAGUAAGAUGCUUGGUCUGAGCGAGUCAGAAACAGCGGCCGCCGUAUCCCAGGCCUUCGUCGAUGGUCAGGCUCUGCGAACCUACCGACACUCGCCCAACACCAUGUCUCGUAAGUCUUGGGCUGCUGGCGAUGCUUGCCAGAGAGCCGUCAACUUGGCUUUCAAGGUUCAGAAGGGUCAAUCUGGCGUCCCCACGGUCCUGUCUGCUCCCGUAUGGGGAUUCUACGAUGUCCUUUUCAAGGGCAAGAAGUUCGAAUUCCAACGUCCAUACGGCUCCUAUGUCAUGGAGAACGUUCUGUUCAAGGUUUCCUACCCUGCUGAAUUUCAUUCUCAGACCGCGGUGGAGGCUGCUCAGAAAAUAUACAAGAUCCUUGCGGACAUGGGUAAAUCGGCGGCAGACAUCAAGGAGGUCACCAACCGCACCCACGAAGCAUGCAUCCGCAUCAUCGACAAGCAAUUCAAGCCUAUGGACAACUUUGCUGACAGAGACCACUGUGUUCAAUACAUGGUUUCAACAAUGUUGGUCUUCAACCGCCUGGAAGCAACGGACUAUCUCGACGGUAGCGAGGCGGCAACGUCUCCCUUGGUAGAGAGUCUGCGUCAGAAGAUCAAGUGUGUUGAGGAUCCUCAGUUCACCAAGGACUACCACGACCCAUCCUUGAGAACCAUCUCCAACGCUCUGACUGUCACCUUGAACGACGGCACUGUGCUGGACGAGGUGGUUGUCGAAGCACCACUCGGCCACCGACUCCGACGUGACGAGGCCAAGCCAGAAAUCCUAUCCAAAUUCAAGAGACAUCUAAGCCACCACUUCCCUGAAGCCAAGAUCAACGAAUUGAUCCAAUUGUCGACUGACCCGUCGAAGCUUGACUCGCUAGAGGUCGACAAGUACAUGGAUCUCUAUGUCAAGGAAAAGAUGGAGUGGUAA